AUGCGCGUCCGCGGCGCAUGGCUAUAAACCACCGACGCCGUACGCCGCCGCCGACGCCGGUUAGAGGCGGCGCACGCGCCAGACGGCCGCCCGUGAUUUAUGAGCUAAGCGCGGGAGGCACCGGCCACAAUAGUCAGUACGAUUGGGCGACGACCGACCGAGGUGGUGUUUCGUUAUACCAAGACAGGGCCGGACGGGAACGUUUUACAUCUCUCGCACACAAAAUACGAAUACUCAAUCGUUCGGCGGUUUGUAUUUAGUACCUGUCGUACUCAUUCGUGCAAGUUUCUCAUUCUUAUCGACUCAACGGCAACGGCAGUGGGUGGUAUCGCAGAGGAUCGACACUCGACAGAUAACGCCGUCGUCGUAGCUCAAGCAAAACUAAAAAAGAACUACCCCUCAUUCAAAAUUCAACCAUGCCUGCACCAACAAAAUCAAACGCAGCCAUGUCACCAGACGGUGGAGCACCACAGCCAGCCGUACCAAAAACUGAACUUCAAGAGCUGCAAAUGAAAGCUGGAGAAGUAACAGAUGAAUCACUUGAAAGUACCAGAAGAAUGUUGGCUCUAUGUGAAGAGAGCCAUGAAGUCGGGAUGAAAUCUCUAGUGAUGUUGGAUGAACAAGGGGAACAAUUGGACAGGAUUGAAGAAGGCAUGGAUCAGAUUAAUGCUGACAUGAAAGAGGCAGAAAAGAACCUUACUGGCAUGGAAAAAUGUUGUGGAAUUUGUGUGCUGCCUUGUAACAAGUCAGCUUCAUUUAAAGAAGAUGAAGGUACGUGGCGGGGUAAUGAUGAUGGAAAAGUGGUAAACAACCAACCACAGCGUGUGAUGGAUGAACGUAAUGGAAUGGGUGCCCAAGGAGGUUAUAUAGCAAAAAUAACAAAUGACGCACGAGAAAAUGAAAUGGAAGAAAAUAUGGGUCAAGUUAAUACUAUGAUUGGAAAUCUUCGUAACAUGGCACUGGAUAUGGGAAGUGAAUUGGAGAAUCAGAAUAGACAAGUUUCACGAAUAAACAUGAAGGCUGGAUCUAAUGAAACAAGAAUUUCAGUGGCGAACCAACGAGCACAUGAACUGCUCAAGUAAUUCAAUAUGCAAAAUAUGGCUAGGACAACAGCUAUUAUACUACUACGGCUAUUUGUUUUGAUUUAUUGCUACAGCUAUCAGAAAAAUAACUUUUUUUUUAAUUUGAUAAUUCUUUAAAUUGUAUUUAUAAAAAAAAUAUAUAAUUUAUUUAUCGUGAAUUAUUGUUAUGUAUUAUUAUAGUUAUAAAUAUUUUACAUACAUUUUUAUGUCUUAUUGAUUAAUAUAAAAUUAGUUAGUUUAAUCAUUUUUAGCUUUUUUUUACUAUUGUUAAUAUUGUUUAAGAAUAAAAGGCUGGCAGCAAAUUUGGUUACAGAGAUAAAUAGCUGUGUUAUGUGGUCCAAUAAUUAAAUUUUCAUUUACUGUUAAAUUUUUUUAGUUUUAUCAUCAUUAAUAUUAAUACUAUUACUAGGAUUAAAUACAGCAAUAAUAUUUAGAAAGAUCCAAAAUGAAUUGGUAAUUCUCAUUAAACUAAUCAACAUUUAUGUAAACAUAUAAGUUUUAAAGAUAUUAAAAAAUUUAACCAAAUCAUAAUUAUUAUUUUUAUUAAUGAUAUUUAUAAAUUUAAUAUUUAUUAUUGUUGAUUCUUGAAGCAAAUAUCAAACCAUUAUUUCAUAGCGUGAUAUAAAAUUAAUUAUAAUUUGUGGGAAAAAAAAGUAAUAUUUGUUGCCUAUUCUCUACAUAAUAUAAUACAUAAUUAUACACCAAAUUAUUAAUAAUAUAUUAUUAAAAACAAUUGAAAUAUUUUUUUCGCAUAUUUAUAUUAUAUAACAUUUUUAUGUAUUUUAUUACUAAAAUAAUACAUCUAGUAUAAUAUUUAUUAUUUACAUUAGACUGCAUAAUGAAAGUGCACUUGCGUAUUAUCAUUAUAACUAUUACCUUAGAAAAGUGCAAUACUUAUUUUAUACUUUUGUCAUAGCUCAAAAUAUUCCACAUUGUGCUUAAUGUGCAUUGUUAUUAAAAUUAAUUCUUAGUUCAUUAAUUAUUGAUUUUUGGGUUAUUGGUGCGCGCGAUAGUUAUAACACAGUUAUGAUAUGGUUAAAAACGUUAUUUUGUAUAAAUAAUAUUUAAUUAGAUUUAAAAUUGUUAGUGUAAUUUUUCUUUAUAAUAAAAGUGAUAAUAAACUAGAAUAAAUUUA